AUGCUGGGCUUACCAGAAGGAACGAAGAACGAUCCCAAAUGCUACGUCACACACGGUGUAAUGGGCCAUCUGGAUCCGAAACAGCCUCCAGUGAAGAGAAAGCCGUUUGCAGCCAUCCUGAAAUACGACUUUGUGCAAAAGGUUGAAUUUAUCCUUCCAGAGGAGGUUUAUGAGAUUAUGAAGAAGGAGGUUUUGGAUCAAUUGCCAAAAUCCGUGUACAGCAGAGUCAUCUUGCCAUUGAAAGCGCUGUUGGAAGGAGAGUUCUUCAACGAGUAUAUCAAAAAAGGCAAGCGAAGUUCAACUGUUUCCGCACAUGGUUUACUGAGAAUCUUAACUCUACACCUGGAUAAAGAGAGUUACGAGCGGGCCGGCAUAGUUGGAAAACCUGAUGGAGUGAAAGGAAAACGCGGGACAAAACCCAGAUGGGUCGUCGAAAUUAAUCUACGUCUUCCCUCGAUGCUUCGUGGCAAAAAAGGGUUCGACAGGAUUGUCUAUGCUUUCAAAAAUGUCCUUACAAAACCCGUCACGUGGCUAUUUCAUGAUUUGGGUACUGCAGCUGUCACACCUGAUCCUCUCGACCCCUAUUUUCCAGUUGAAAAGAUUGUGUCCCCAAGCCUUCUCCAAGACAUUAAAGUCAUUCAGCCUUCUCUUGAACCACCUAAAGAGGUAGAUCCUACAUAUGGCGCCGAUUUCGAAGACUACGCCAUCGAGCUACAGGAAUGGUUGGCUCUGGUUCUACUUGAAAGUCCUCGAAUUGGUCCAGACGACAAGAUAGAUCCAUUCCUCUCCCGAUAUGCACCGCCAGGAGAUUCCCAAACAUGCACCAAGCUCGUUAAAUUGACAUGGCAAGGUUUCCUAGCUCCCACAUGGGCACACCAAGCGUUCGUGCAAAUUCUACUUGCUGCUCCUCAGGAAGCGUGGUUUGCGUAUUGUGUUGGAGGUUUUGGUGAGGGGAUAUCGGGUGAGAACAAGAACUGUACUGUACUGAGACUUCCCAAUGCUCCGAAGGAAUACAUUUUUUGGGAAGUUGUGUAG